UUCUUAUGCAAAGUUCCCGACCUCAUUCAUCGUUUGAUCGUUCGGAUAUUAUAAUCAAGAGUUUUAGCUUCUUAUCCCUCUUCCAAGAUGCCUCGAGUUACUCGCAGUAGCCAGAAGCAAAUCGAAUUUCGUUGUCGCAAGACUCGAUUGCAGCAAAAGGACACCGAAGGAGCGAUCGAGACCAGUCAAAGCAAGCCGACUCGAGCUUGUUCGAUCUCGCCUCGAAAGCGACAAGAUCCUGUGAAAGCUUGUCAAACGCCAGCUACUGUAUCUCCAAAGAAGAGAAAGAACAACAGGGGAAAAGCCGAAGAUGUGGCCUCCAGUGACACAGAGAACUCCGAUCCUAAACAGAGGCUAUCAUUUGCGGAACAGGAUGGUACAUAUCGUGAAACACCAAAGGGAAAGACAAGAGAAAAACAAGGAAGAUGUAAGGAUGUGCCUGCCAGUGAUACAAAGACUUCAGAAGCAAAGCAAAUGCUUGCACUUGCUCGUCAAGAUGGCCAUCAAUACUCCACGGUGAGAAGAGUUCUUCAUUCUUCACACCCUGACAACUUGCUGUGUCGUGAGAAAGAGAUCACAGAAAUCAGAAGUUUUCUGCAGAAUCAUUUGCCGAAGGGAAAGCCAGGAAGUCUCUACAUAUCAGGAGCUCCGGGCACAGGAAAAACAGCUUGUUUGACCAAGAUAAUGCUUGAGAUGAAGACUGAGAUCAGGAAGAGCCAAGUUAUCUUCGUAAACUGUAUGGCACUGAAACAACCGCAAGAUAUUUUCAAAAAAAUAGCUGUUGAGUUAGUGGGUGAAGACAAGUGUCCAGCAAAGGCCACUCAGAAGUUUUUGGAAGAGGAAUUUUCUUCAUCAAAUCUCACAAGGAUCCUUAUAUUGGAUGAAAUGGAUCAACUUGAAUCAAAACACCAGGAAAUUCUCUACACCAUGUUUGAAUGGCCAUCUUUGCCAAAAUCCAAACUUAUUCUCAUUGGGAUUGCAAAUGCCUUGGAUUUAACAGAUAGAAUUCUUCCCCGACUACAAGCCAGACCUAAAUGUAAACCAGAACUGCUUCACUUUGCGCCUUACACAAGAGAGCAGAUUGUGAAAAUUAUACAGGACAGACUUUCCUUGGUUGAAGCAGGAAGUAGCGUUCUUGACGCAGCAGCUGUCCAGUUCUGUGCAAGAAAGGUGUCUGCCAUGGCUGGCGACAUGAGGAAAGCUUUAGACAUCUGCAGGAGAGCAGUAGAGGUAUUAGAAUCUGGAGAAAGAAAACAACAGGUUUUGCAACCAGUCAAAAAAGCUGAAUCUCCAUGCAAAAGAAUGGAAACUCCACAAAAGCCUAAAAAGGUUGGAAUCUCCCAAAUUGCCAGUGUCGUAGCAGAGGUUUAUGGAUCUCGUCUGGUGGCAGGUCCUGGCGUGGAACAGCCAACGAUCCCAUUACAACAGAAGCUUCUUAUUUGCACCUUCCUGUUGAUGACAAAAGAACGGAACACUAAAGAGGUUGUGUUAGGAAAGGUAAACAAAUUGAGGAAAAACACUUUUACUUUGGGGUUGGCAGACAAUAAUUUAUUAUCUCUCUGUUUUUAUGCAUUAUGGAGCUAUGCUAGUUACUCUGUGUUCAUUAUUGUAGGCUUCGUGCAAAAAGGUAAACAGAAUAUUCUUAAAUUUCGUUUCAAGGUUGAAGCAGGAAGUAGCGUUCUUGACGCAGCAGCUGUCCAGUUCUGUGCAAGAAAGGUGUCUGCCAUGGCUGGCGACAUGAGGAAAGCUUUAGACAUCUGCAGGAGAGCAGUAGAGGUAUUAGAAUCUGGAGAAAGAAAACAACAGGUUUUGCAACCAGUCAAAAAAGCUGAAUCUCCAUGCAAAAGAAUGGAAACUCCACAAAAGCCUAAAAAGGUUGGAAUCUCCCAAAUUGCCAGUGUCGUAGCAGAGGUUUAUGGAUCUCGUCUGGUGGCAGGUCCUGGCGUGGAACAGCCAACGAUCCCAUUACAACAGAAGCUUCUUAUUUGCACCUUCCUGUUGAUGACAAAAGAACGGAACACUAAAGAGGUUGUGUUAGGAAAGUUUCAUGACACCUACUGUAAAAUAUGUAUCAGACGAAAGGUUUCACAGCUUGGCCAGGAAGAUUUUCUUGGACUCUGUAACAUCCUGGAAACCAGAGGACUUCUCGGCAUAAAGAGAGCUAAGGAUACAAGAUCAAUGAAGGUGACACUUAAAAUAGAUGAAAGAGAGGUGGACUAUGCCCUACAAGACAAAACUUUGUUGUCCAGUAUUCUUCAAGAAGGAAUGCCAACUGCUUCAAAGAACUAAAUAUUAAAUAAGUGUUGUAGAACGUUUGUCAAAAAGAAAUUUUCUGUGUGUGCAAAAGUGGUCUGAUCACAGAACUUAAACACGAAGAGACCAAUCAACUUUACAGAACUUUAAACCAAGGUUAAAUGUGACAAUUUGAUCAUUCUCAUUAGCAGUUUGCUGAAACAACUUCUAACAGGCAGAAAUUUUAUCUUUAAUAUUUAGGCUUUUCUUGUCUCAGUAGCCAUGCACAUUAAACUGUAAAGUUGAUGUGCAUGUGAACUUAUCCUCUUAUAUAUACUAAGUUAAGACAUAAACAUGUUAAAAGCUAAAGACAAGAAAACUGCAGAAGCGUUAAAGUAUUAUCAAUAACAUAAGCACGCAAUGCGUGCAAAAUGCUGCUACUACAAAGCCUUUGCAUGCAUUGCGUGCCUGUAAUUCAACAUCGGUUGUAAGAUCUAGCAUGAUAGGCCCGCAAUGCAUGCGUGGAGAGAGCUAAAGAUACAUAUCUACCAGUGGCCCUUUGCACACACUGUCAAGUGUAUAUGUGCCCAUGAUUCUAGCUACAUAAUAUAUUAUCAUAGUAAAUGGUCAUAAUAUAUUAUGAAGUAUCCCUUAAGACAUAACUUAGAAAACUGUUGUCUAACCUAGCUUAGAUGCUGGUAUAUGAUAAUUUAAACACCACUUUUUUUGGUGUACUUCUGAGCUUUUUGAUCUGAAUGACUGCCAGUUAAGUUUCUUUAAAAUAAUUAUGGCUCAAUUAUUUUUGUAGAUUUGUACAUAUUUUAUACCACACACUAAAUACUUACUUACUAUUUUUAGUAACAACUUAAUUUGGGAAGUUUGGUAGUACCAUUAAAAUUUACUAAUUUUAAACAUCGCUAGAAGGAAAACUGCUAAGUAGUUUUAGCUGGGGUCAGCAAAAUCAGUCUAAAAAUCAAACAAGCUGUAAAAGUAAACAACAAAAUUUGGUUGUCACUACAAAUAGUAACUUUAUGGUAUGUGAAAGCUAAGCUUUCUUAACAUUGUUUGAUAAAAUGCUUCAGUUAUCAGUCUUAAUGAUAUGUACAUGAGCCUUGCAGAACAUUUAGGAUUCAAAUUUUGAAAGCUGC